GGGGAGCAGACAGCCAUUACCGCGGCACUCGCUCUGUGUGUCCGUGUAUAGUCCUGCUCUUCCGUUCCCCGGGAUCGCUGUGAUCGCUGGAGGAUCGAGUUUCCCAACCGUCCAUUAAAGCCGGUGAAUCCCAGGUUCGUAGCCGGGUCUAUCCUCUCAUCCCUGCCCGCGUGGCUCUGGCAGGGGCUCGGGGUCUCUCCUGCGAUCUCCGCCCCACGGCGAUAUGUCUUCUUCUGACGAGGAGAGCCUGAGUGAGCGUUCAUGUGUGAGCGAGCGCUCGUUUCGUAGCGAGCGUUCAGGUGGAUCCUUGUCUCCGUGCCCCCAUAGCACCACCGGGCCAAAAGGGGACACUCUGCCAUGGAAUCUGUCCAAACAUGAGAGACGCAAGCGGAAGAGCCAGGACUCGGUGCUGGACCCUGCGGAAAGAGCUGUUGUGCGAGUAGCAGAUGAGCGAGACAGGGUGCAGAAGAAAACCUUCACCAAAUGGGUCAACAAGCAUCUUAUCAAGGUCCGGAAGCACAUCACAGACCUGUACGAGGACCUGCGAGAUGGACACAACCUCAUCUCUCUGCUGGAGGUGCUGUCUGGAGUCACGCUGCCCAGAGAAAAGGGCCGCAUGCGCUUCCAUCGGCUGCAGAACGUACAGAUCGCCUUGGACUUUCUCAAACAGAGACAGGUCAAACUGGUCAAUAUAAGAAACGACGACAUUACAGACGGAAACCCAAAGUUAACUCUAGGCCUGAUUUGGACAAUCAUCCUUCAUUUCCAGAUCUCUGAGAUCUAUGUGAGUGGUGAGUCUGGGGACCUGACAGCCAAGGAAAAGCUUUUGCUAUGGACUCAGAAGGCCACCGAGGGCUACCCUGGCAUUCGCUGUGUCAACUUCUCGUCCAGCUGGAGCAGUGGUCACAUGUUCAAUGCCCUCCUGCACAGAUACAGACCAGACCUGAUCGACAUGGAGCAGGUGGCACGCCAGAGUAACCGCGAAAACCUGGAGCAGGCUUUUGAGAUUGCGGAGUCGCUAGGAGUGACGAGACUUCUGGACGCUGAAGAUGUGGAUGUACCAUCGCCAGAUGAGAAAUCGGUCAUCACCUACGUCUCCUCAAUCUAUGAUGCCUUUCCCAAAAUCCCAGAGGGAGGAGAAUUCAUCACAGCACAUGAGGUUGACCAGCGAUGGGCAGAAUACCAGUCUCAUUUCUCCUCUUUGCUGCAGUGGACGAGGCAGCACACGGCCCUUAUGGCCAACAAGAACUUUCCUCAGAACCCUGUGGAGCUCAAGGCACUUUAUAAUGAAUACGUCCACUUCAAAGAAACUGAGAUUCCGGCUAAGGAGACAGAGAAGGGGCACAUGGAACACCUUUACAAGCUGCUGGAGGUAUGGAUCGAGUUCGGGCGCCUCAAACUCCCGCAGGGAUUGCACCCUAAUGAUCUGGAGGAGCAGUGGGGUAAACUGAUCCUGGAGAUGCUGGACAGGGAGAAGGCACUGCGGCCUGCAGUGGAAAGACUGGAGUUACUCCUACAGAUGGCUAAUAAGAUUCAGAACAUGGCUGUGGACUGUGAGGAGAAACUCACUCUGGCUAAGAACACACUGCAGUCGGACGUGUCUCAGCUGGAGAGGGGCGAGCAAGCACGCUGUGAGCAGGAACUGGGUGCAUACCUGCAGGACUGCGAGGCUCUGGUCCGUCAAAUGCAGCUGGACCUGCAAAUCCUCCGAAAUGAGAAGUACUAUCAAGUAGAGCAGUUGGCCUUCAGGGUGACACGUUUGCAGGAGGAGCUGGUCUCCCUGCGACUGCAAUGCUCCAGUGUUUACAGAAAAGGCCACUUCUUGUCAGGAGGAAUGAUGGGAGAACAGACUCAGAGGUUCUCCUCUGGGAACUUGGCCACACUUGGAGCCCAGACACUGCUGGGGGCAGCAGGAGUCAUGGCGAACCUUCUCAGACGACCCAUGUCUCGUUCCGAACUGGUGGCCAUGUCAUCGUCGGAAGACGAGGGGAGCCUGCGCUUUAUUUACGAGCUGCUGGGAUGGGUGGAGGCAACGCAGGAGCUGCUGGAGCGGGCUGAGUGGGGCUCAGAUCUACCAUCUGUAGACCAGCAUUUGCAGGAUCACCACACUAUCCACACUGCUGUGGAAGACCUGCUGCACAGCCUGAAAGAGGCUCGUAGUUACGAGCCAAGUGUCUCUUCCAAUUUUCGGAGCAAUUAUUCCGAAACCUUGGCCAAGCUGGAGAACCAGUACUGCAAACUGCUUGAGCGUUCGUCAUGGCGACUGCGUUGCCUGGAGAGCUUGCGAGCGUUUGUGUCACACUGCACCGAAGAGCUCAUCUGGCUCAACGAGAAAGAAGAGGAGGAGCUGGCCUUCGACUGGAGCGAGAACAACACCAGCAUGGCUGCAAAGAAAGAACAGUAUAAUGAAUUGAGGGCAGAGCUGGAGGAGAAACAGGAAGUGAUGCACUCCCUGCAGGAAACCGCUGAUCAGCUUUGUCAAGAGAACCACCCAGCCAAACAGACAGUAGAGGCCUACAGAGCUGCCUUACAGACACAAUGGCAAUGGGUUGGACAGCUGUGUGUAUGUGUGGAGCAACAUCUCAAGGACAACACUGCCUGCUUUCAGUUCAUGAGUGAUGCACGAGAAUGUGAGACGUACCUGCGACAGCUUCAGGACACCAUCAAGCGGCAGUACACUUGUGACCAGAACAGCAGACUAGGCAAACUGGAGGACCUGCUGCAAGACUCCAUGGAGGAAAAGGAGCAGCUGAUCGAGUACCGCAGUUCAGUGGCCAGCCUGGUGGGGCGGGCCAAGACGGUGGUCCAGCUCCGCCCACGUAGCGCAGACUGUGAAUUGUCUACCGCCACGCCCAUCCGUAGCAUCUGUGACUACAAACAAAUAGAGGCCAACUCACAGAUCACGGUUAGUAAAGGAGAAGAGUGUGUGUUAGAGGAUAACUCGCAGAGGACGAAGUGGAAGAUCAUUAGUCCGACGGGAAACGAGGCCAUGGUGCCGUCGGUGUGUUUCACAGUUCCGCCACCCAACCAGGAGGCAAUUGACGCUGCCAGCAGAACGGAGCAGCUAUACCAAAACGUGAUGUCUUUAUGGCACCAGCUGCACAUGAACAUGAAGAGUGUGGUGUCCUGGCAUUAUCUACAGAAGGACAUCAGCAACAUUUCGUCCUGGACUUUGGACACGGUGUGCUUCCAGACUCCAUCAGACAGACAGCAGGCGCUCGAUCACCUGGACGCCCACCUUGCCGAUUUCCUGGGAGACAGCCGCGAGAGUGCCGUGUUUACGGCGGCCGAGAGGCGCGAGCUCGAGCGGGGAGCGCAGAAAUGCCACGAACACUGCCAAGCACUGCUGAUCUCUAUGGAGACAGUCGAGAAGGACGAGUCAGUCUCACGCUCCUACCUCUCAGAGCUGCAGAGCAUAAAGGCUCAUCUGCAGGAGGCAGAGCAGAAGCUGAUGACUGGCAUGCAGGCUUCGCCUCCUAGUGGUGUUUCAGGAGACGGUGCAGGAGCAGCCGUUCAUAUCGCUGAGCAAGAGAAGCUGCAAGAGCAUCUGAAAAACCUGCAGUCGGACCUGGGCGACGUGUCUCGUCGCUGCGUGAGCUUCUUCGAGGAGAAGCCAUCCUCCACUAGUGUGCCUGUGCUUCGCUCCGAGCUUAAUCUGACUGUGGAGAAAUUUGAGCGACUCAACUCUCUUUCCUCUGUCUACCUGCACAAGCUCAAAAAGGUAGAUGUCCUGAUGAAAAGCUUACAGGCUGCUGAGAGUCAGGUGAAGAAGUAUGAGGGACGAUUGAGUGAGGAGGAUAUAGUUCCUGCUGAUACCACUGCCAUCCAAACCUUAAGAGAACAAAUAAAGAAAUGGCAUUCAGAGAUGAAGGAGCAGGACCACAUCUUCCUGUCUCUGAGCUUGGAGGUACAGCGGGCACACGAAGCAGGUUCCCAGCUCAGUCAGCUGCACGCCGAACGCAGUCCUGAGCUGGAGCGGUACCAGGAGAAAGCCCAGCAGCUUACAGAGAGAUGGAAUGGAAUAUGCAGGCAAAUGGAGACACGGCAAGCAGAUCUGGAGAUGAUCAGCGCAGUGCUGCAGCAGUACAGAGACGGUCACUCCGGUCUUAUCCGCUGGAUCGAAGAGACGACAGAGAAACAGGAGAACACUCAGCCCGAGCAGACUGACAGCAAAGCCCUGUCUGAGCAGCUCGCCCAGCAGACCGCUUUGGUGGCUGAAAUUGAACGGAACCAUGAAAAACUGGACGCGUGCCAGACCUACUCUAAACACUACUGCAUUGCUGUCAAGGACUAUGAACUGCAGCUGAUGACAUUUAGAGCUUUUGUGGAAUCGACACAGAAGUCUCCAGUGAAAAGGAGGAGAAUGCAUUCUUCCUCAGAUGCUAUAACACAAGAGUUCAUGGAUCUUCGCACUCGAUACACGGCUCUGGUGACACUGACAACACAACAUGUCAAAUACAUCAGUGAUGCACUGCGGAGACUUGAGGAAGAAGAGAAACAAGUCGAGGAAGAGAGACAAGCCUGCGUGGGUCAGGUCUCAGACCUCUUAAGUUGGGUUAAGGGACAUCAGGAGAGAGCUGCUGGACCAGCUGAGACAUCGCUUGCUGCCCAGCAGGCGACCCACGAGCAGCUAGCUUCGAGAAGAGAAGAAGUUGGCGAAGCAAUCAGAAGCACACAAGCUUUUCUCCGUUCAAAACAAGCCAGCAAAAUGUCCCCUGAAGAGUGUGCCCAAGUAACAUCCCAGCUGGAUGAACUGAAAUCUACCUACAGCCAGAUGUGUGACCGCUCUGCUGCUCAGCUUCAACAUCUCGAAGAACAGCUGGCCAAAGAGGAGAAACGAAAGGUUGUGCAACAGCAGAAAGCCGAGUGUUCACAGAAGCUUGAAGGUCUCAGUAUGUGGUUGGCCGGAGCAGCGAGCCUGCUGGCCAGUCAGAGACCUGGAGCUGAUUCAGAUAAUGUAAAUGUACUUCAGCAAAAGCAGAGUGAGCUCAAGGAGGUGCAGAAAGAUCUUCAGGCCAAAGGUGAUGGCAUGAUGGAUACAAUUCGGUCAAUGGAGGAGUUCCUCGCUGAGCGCGGUGACGAUCUGAGUCCAGAGGAAAGGGCUAACCUUCAAGCGGCACUGACCCGUAUAAAAGAGCAAUACCACACUCUCACAGACACUGCUCAGUCCUCACUGGCUCAGCUGGACUUGACCAUCAAUGCAACACUCCAGCAAAACACACAAAGGGCUAAAGCAGAAGAGCAGCUGCAGGAGACCCAGGGAAAAAUAGAUAUGCUGAUUAAGGAGUUAUCAUCCCUGGACACCUCUAGGAGGCAGUCACUUGGAGAGACUGUUCCAGAUGCCAUCGUGCCAGCGCGGUCACUAGACUCGCACAAUGACAUGCUAAAGGAAGAAUUACGGCAGUUACAAGGCCAGCAGGCUCACCUCUUACAGGUGGCCCAGUCCACACACGCUCUCCUGGAGCAGCCAGACUCCAGCGUGCCUCAGGAAGAGAAGCAACGUCUGCGUGCCAGCCUAGACCAGCUCCAAAGCCAACACCAGGAACGUCUGCAGAGCUGCCAGGAGAGACUAAGACGGACCGAAGCACUUCAGGAUGACUUCUCGAAAUUCAUGGAAGAACAUGGCAACCUGAUUACAUGGCUGGAGCAGAGUGAGAAAGAGCUGUGUUCCCUAAGGGAAGGAGAAGCUGAUGCACAGGGGCUUAUAGACAGGCUGGAGGAGCACAAAAAACUGGCAGACGAUGUGAUCUGCCACAAGGCAGAUUUGCGCUUCGUGUCCAUUUCCGGACAGAAGGUGCUGGAUUCCAUACAGGGGACUCAGGAAAGGGCUGGGGUUAUUGACCCAGCUCUACAAGACACAAGGCAGCUUGUCAGUGAUAAGCUCCGGGAUUCGACGCAACGCUACAGUUCUUUACAAAACAAGUCUGUCGAUUUUGGUACCCAUCUGUCCAGUUUACUGGAUCAAUACCAGCAGUACCAGGAUGAGGCAACAGCUCUAGAUUUUUGGCUCAUUUCUCAGGAGAAGAACCAGAGCAUAUUGAAACCCAGUGGCGAACAGACUGAUACACAGACACUACAAAAUACGCUCAGUACUGUACAGCAUCUGCAGGACGAGCUCGCUGAGCGUUCAGUGCAACUCGAGAAGGUGAGGAAAGCAGGGAAAACGCUCACCAGCAAUCAGGAGUCCCCAAAACUUAAAACGGCAGAUAUUAACACCACCACAGAUGUACUUGAGAAGCGGUUUGGAACUCUGUCAGUGUGUGUGUCUCUGAGAGCUGAGCAACUCCAGACUGCUGUCGCACAGUCUGUCAGUGUCCAGGAGGGACUCAAAGUGCUGCUUACCUGGCUGGAUAGUCUCGCAUUAGACCCUGGACCAAUCGAAGCUACUGCUCAAGCAGUGCAGGAGGCUCUCACCCAGAAUCAGAAAUUGCGUCAAGAAUUACUCUCACGACAGGGCAGUGUGGAGUCCACUCGGGAAUCCGUGUCCAAGCUGCUGAAAUCUGCGGAUGCAUCAACAGUAUCUGGUCUGCAGGGGGCACUGCAGGACCUGAGCCAACGCUACAGCGCAGCCCAGACCAAGCAGGCUGAAAAUGAAGCUGAACUGCGGGCAGUUCUGCCCAAGCUAGAGGGCUUUGAGCGCCUGAGCUCAGACCUUCGAGACUUCACAAAGAGCCGUGAGAGGGUUUUGAGCCUCGGAGGCCUACCAGACCACAGUGUAGAGGAUUAUAAACACUCCAUAGAGGAGGUCAAAUCAGAUCUUGUCCAGGAAACAAGUCAGUUGAAGGCAUUUGCGGAGCUUGGGACAGACCUGAGCAAGUCGAGGCUAUUUGCCAGUGCGCACGUCCUUGUAGACUCGACUAAAGAGGUAUCAGAGGAGUUUGCUCGACUAGAAGCCGGUGUCAGUGAGAGGCUGAAUGCCAUCCAGAACUGUGAGCAGCAGCUAGUACAGUUCCGUUUGCUCUCCGGCUCCCUCCUCAGGUGGCUGCAGAUGGCACAAGAACAACUGCCUGCUAAAGAGCCCAACCUCAAUAGCGAGGGCCUGCAAAGGAGAGUACAGCAGCUCAAGGAGCUGCGAAGUGAAUGGGAGUUUCAGGGCAAUCAAGUUCAGGAGCUUAACAAGAGCAGCUCAGAGCUGGAGGGUCUGAUCAUCAGCAUAACUGCUCCACAAAGCAAAACAGGUGUCCCCGCGCUCAAUGGUGCCGGUGGCUCCAGCAGUCUUAAUGGCAUUCACACCUGCAGAGACCUGACUGAGAUCCAGGUGGUGGUGGCGGACGUGAACAGCAGGUACGAGCACCUGGGUGGGGAUCUUCAAGAAAGGCAGAGCAGACAGCAGGCUUCUUUGGAGCUGUGCCAGAAGGCCAGGCAGGAUGCUGAGGCUCUGCACCAAUGGUUAGGGCCUCGGGAACAGAGGCUAACACAGGGGCAGACUGCAUCGCCCUCGCGGCCUGAGGUAGUCCGUGCCCAAGCCGGGGAGAACAAGGCGUUGAUGUCUGAACUCGCUGAACAUUCUGGGAAAGUGGAAGACCUAAAGAACACACUCAAGAAGCUGAUAAAAGAAAAUCCUGACUCCCCUGAAGCAGAGAUCUGGAAACAACAACUAAAAGACAUAGAAUGUCGGUGGGAGAAAGCCAAUCAGACUGCAGCCCAGAGACAGAUAGAACUGGACAUGUGCGCUGACAGACUGGGCAACUUUGCAUCAGCAGCCAAUCAGCUUGGUCCCUGGCUACAAGAGAAAGAGUUGAUGAUGAGUGUGCUCGGGCCCCUGAGCAUCGACCCAAACAUGCUUAACACUCAGAAGCAACAAGUGCAGAUUAUGCUGCGUGAAUUUGAGACACGGCGUGCCCAGUUUGAUCAGCUGACCCGGGCAGCAGAGGGUAUCCUCUCACCUUCUGGAGAGCAGGGCUCUGGGGACAGCCAGGAUGUAGCCGAGGUGAAGCAGGAGCUGGCCUCCAUCACUCGGCAGUGGGAAGACCUGACUUCUCGCCUGUCUGGACGUUUUGACCAAAUCGAGCGUGCUCAGGGCACCAGUGAGAGCUUCCAGACUUUGCUGAAGGAACUCUCCCAAAGUUUGUCCCAUUUGGCUGAGAAGCUGGAUGCCCAGGCCUCGCUUAGCGCCCAGCCUGAGGCUCUGCGCCAGAGGCUGAAGGAGACAGGAGAGAUCCGUGCAGAGCUCGAGCAGAGGAGGGGUCAGCUGGCCCAGGCUGAGCAGCUAUGUGCAGAGCUCAGCUCUAUUGUUGUGGAGCCCUACCUCAGAGAGGAGCUUAAUAAGAGACUGGAGAGUGUCAGUGGCCCACUAAACAGCCUGGAGGAACGAGCAGCCGAUGGUUUAUCCCAGCUGCAAGCUGCUCUCUCAAGCACACAGCAAUUCCAGCAGAUGUUCGAGGAGCUCCGUGCCUGGUUAGAUGGCCAGGCUGCUGCAAGUACACCUAGCAUGUCUGACCCUCUCCCCUGCCAGCCUGACGUCCUGCAAGCCCUCCUUGCCCAACAAGAAGAGCUUCAGCGUUGUGUGGCACAACAGCGAGGGUCCUACGAGCUCAUCCAGGCUGAGGGAGCAUCAAUCCUGGCUUCACUUCCUGCUGGAGAUGAGCGCUCGGGUAUGCAGGCUCGGCUCACCAAACUGCGCCAGGACUGGGAGGAAGUAAACCAAGGAUUGGCAGAAAAACAAGCACAUAUUAAAGAGACACUGGGUCGUGCCAUACAGUACAGGCAACAUCGGGAUGAACUGGAUCCCUGGCUGAAGGAGUGUGAGCAAAAAGAGACCGAGAUCCAACCUACUCUAGAGCCUGCUGCCCUUGAAGAAGCCCCAGAAAGCAAGGCAGUUGGCUUGGACUUGGAUCGCCGUUGCCCCCUAUUGGAGGCUCUGAAUUCUGCAGCUGACCAGCUACUGGAGCAGAGCCGGACUGGAGAGGAGGAGGUGAGGGAUGAUAAAGCACAGCUAAAUCGCAGGCUGGAUGGCCUCUCUGAGCGAGUACAUGGACGCAUGGCCCAGCUGGAGGAGCUGAACAGCAGGCUGAAGGAGUUUGAAGAUGGUAGACAGGCAGUAGAGAGAAGACUGGAGGCAGCCAGGCAUCAGCUGGAAGUGCAGGAGGCUUUGGGCCCUCAGGCAUGUAGUAACAAGAGUCUGGAGCGCCUGCGCAGCCAACAGGACACUCUCAGCUCCCUACAGCCACAAGUGGUAUAUCUGCAUGAUCUGGCCAAAGGAUUGGCAUUGGACGCGCCUCAGACAACAGGAGAUGGAGGGCAGAAGCUGGUGCAACAAGCUCAUGACACAGAAAAGGAGUUUAAAGAAGUGACUGAGAAGAUCGAGCAGUGCUGCUCCUCCCUUGAAUCACGCCUGCAGGGUGUAGGAGAAGUCCAGUCACAUGUCCGCGAUGUCUUUUCACGCCUGGCGGACCUGGACGACGAACUGGACAGCCUGAGCCCCGUUGGGCGGGAUGUGGACUCAUUGGCCUCACAGGCAGACGCAAUAAGGGUAUUCCUGGGGCGUCUGGCAUCCCUGCGGACUGAGCUUGAUGUCCAUGGCGGUGCCUGCACUACCAUGUUGAGGCGAGAGGGAAGCUCCCCUGAUCUCCUCGCUCUCAGGAGAGAGACGGAGGCUCUGAGUCGCCAAGCAGCCAAGCUGGCCGAGCGGGGUCAGGGUCGCCUGCUCAUAGAGGAAGCUGAAGAGAAAGUGAAAGAGUUCUACACCCGGCUCACAGAGCUCCAGGGGCUACUUGAAAAUGCAGAGGAGGGUCUAAAUGCACAAGGAGUUGUGGGAACUGAAGUGGACGUCAUCAAACAACAGCUCCAGGAAUUUAAGGCUGUGGAGCGAGAGCAGGUAGACAGCAUCCAGCCCAAACUGCACCAUGUGAACGCUGUAGGUCAGGGGCUCAUCCAGAGUGCAGCGAAACACACAGACACACAGGCUCUGGAGCAUGACCUGGAAACCACAAACCUGCAGUGGAACUCCUUCAACAAAAGGGUCGCUGAGAGAAUUGCACAACUCCAGGAAGCUCUUUUGCAUUGUGGGAAAUUUCAAGAUGCUUUGGAACCUCUGUUAAGCUGGUUAAGUGACACAGAGGAGCUGAUAGCCAAUCAGAAGCCUCCAUCAGCCGAGUACCGCGUGGUUAAAGCACAAAUCCAAGAACAGAAGCUGCUGCAGCGGUUGCUGGAUGACCGACUUGGGACGGUAGAGAUGAUCCGGGCAGAAGGUGAGCGCAUCGCAGCCACAGCAGAGACACAAGACAGAGAAAAGAUCCAAAGACAGCUGAGAAGCUUGGGAGAGCGAUGGACAGAUCUGCUGGCGAAGGCCAAUGCCAGACAACGUCAGCUGGAGGAACUGCAGGUUCUCGCUCUGCAGUUCCAUGAGUCAGUGGAGCCUUUGGGAGAGUGGCUGAGUGCCACAGAGAGACGCCUGAGCUCCGCCGAGCCAAUGGGAACCCAGGCCUCCAAAAUUAGUCAGCAAAUCAGUCGACACAAGGCCCUCCAUGAGGAGGUGUUGUCUCGGGAAAAAGAGGUGGACCAUCUAGAAGCCCUUGGCCAAUCUCUCUCCCCUCUCAGCUGUGCAGCGGACCAUGAUUGGCUCAGUGAGCGAGUGGGAGCAGUGCGCAGUGGGCACACUGAGCUGCUUAAUUGGUGCACUCGGCGGGCUGCCAUGUUGGAACAGGCCCUGGCCAAUGCACAGCUGUUUGGGGAGGAGGAGGUAGAGGUGCUGAACUGGCUGGCUGAGGUGGCCCAGCGACUGGCUGAAGUCUCAGUGCAGAGCUACCAGCUCGAGCUGCUGUCUGAGCAGCACAAGUACACUCUGUCUCUGAAUGAGGAGAUCGUGAGCCGGAAGAAGACAGUGGACCAGGCCGUUAAGAAUGGACAAUCUUUGCUAAAACAGACCACAGGUGAAGAAGUGCUGCUCAUUCAGGAGAAGCUGGAUGGCAUAAAGAGCCGAUACGCAGAGAUGACAGCAGGCAGCAGCAAGGCUCUUCGUAACCUGGAACAGGCACUGCAGCUUGCCAGCCGAUUUGCCACUGCCCAUGAGGACCUCAACCAAUGGCUUGACUCUGUGGAGGCAGAGCUUAAUAACAUGGAGCCAGAUACAACACCAGCCUAUCAAGAGAGACAAAAGGACCUGAAGUGUGUUUCGGCUGAGAAGAGGCUCAUUCUGGACACUGUUAAUGAAGUGGGCAGCGCUCUGCUGGACCUGGUGCCUUGGCGAGCACGUGAAGGUCUGGACCGUCUAGUGGCCGAUGCCAACCAACGCUACCGACAGGCCGAUGAGACCAUUACACAAAGAGUGCAACUAGUGCAGGCGGCUAUCCAGAGGUCACAGCAGUAUGAGGAGGCUGUGGAUGCAGAACUGGCGUGGGUGGGGGAGACGGAGAGGAAGCUGGCCUCCCUAGGGCCUCUGAGUCUGGAACCUGACGUAACCGUGGCCCAGCUCCAAGUCCAAAGAGCUUUCAACAUCGACAUCAUCCGCCACAAGGACACGGUGGACCAGCUCCUUAACACACGAGAGGAUAUCCUGGAGAGCUGCAGCGAGCAGCAGACAGAAACACUGAAGGUAAAGACGGAUUCACUGAGCUCUCGCUAUGAGGCAGUGAGUCAGAACCAUGCCGAAAGAUUCUCAGCACUGGAACAGGCUCAGGUGUUGGUGGCCCGCUUCUGGGAGACAUACGAGGAGCUGGACCCAUGGCUUGGUGAGACAGAGACCCUGAUAACCCAGUUACCUCCUCCUGCCAUUGACACCGAGGCGCUUCGACAACAGCAGGACCAGAUGAGGAUGCUGAGAGAGUCGAUAGCUGAGCACAAGCCCCACAUUGACAAGCUGCUGAAAAUUGGCCCACAGUUGGCAGGACUAAGUGCCCAGGAGGGGGCAGCUCUGAGACAACGCUACAGCGAGGCUGAGCGACGCUACCUGGCUAUCAAAGAAGAUGUCAAAGGUCGAGCUUCAGCACUGGAUGAGGCUUUCUCUCAGUCUACACAGCUGAUCGAGUUCCAUGAUAAGAUGGACCCCCUGCUGGAGACCCUAGAGGGUGCGGUGCAGCGUUUGCGACAGCCUCCUCCUGUGGCAGCUGAGGUGGAGAAGAUCCGUGAACAGCUAGCAGAGCACCGGACUGCCGGACUGGAGUUGGACAAACUACUGCCCUCCUUUAGUGCCCUCUGUAACCGUGGGGAAGAGCUCAUCACCCGCGCAGCACACGAUGACCCUGCCGCUCAGGCGGUGCGCUCCCGGCUCCUGAGGCUGCGCUCCCUGUGGGAUGAGAUCAGACAGAGGGCAGAGGAGAAAGAAGGAAAACUGCAGGAUGUCCUGGACUUGGCUGGAAAGUUCUGGGCUGAUAUGGCAGCCCUGCUGAGCACGCUGCGAGACUCUCAGGAGAUCGUGAAAGAGCUGGAGGACCCUGGAGUCGAUCCAUCACUGAUCAAGCAGCAGAUCGAGGCAGCAGAAGCCAUCAAAGCAGAGACAGACGGCUUGAGGGAGGAGCUGGAGAUUGUUCGCACAUUGGGCGCUGACCUCAUCUUUGCUUGUGGAGAAAUUGAGAAACCAGAGGUUAAGAAGACCAUCGAUGAGAUGAAUAAUGCCUGGGAAGGCUUGAAUCGCACAUGGAGAGAGAGGAUGGAGAAACUGGAGGAGGCUAUGACAGCCUCUGUACAGUAUCAGGAUGCUCUGCAGGGCAUGUUCGACUACCUAGACAACGCCGUCAUCAAACUGUGCGACAUGCAAACUGUGGGAACUGACCUUAGCACCGUCAAACAACAAAUAGAGGAGCUCAAGCAAUUCAAGGUUGAAGUGUACCAGCAGCAGAUCGACAUGGAGAAGCUGUGCCACCAGGGGGAGCUACUGCUCAAAAAGGUUUCUGACCAAGCAGACAGAGACAUGAUCCAGGAACCUCUCACUGAGCUCAGGCACCUGUGGGACAACCUGGGAGAUAAGAUCACAGUCAGACAGCACAAACUGGAAGGAGCCCUUCUAGCGCUGGGUCAGUUUCAGCAUGCUCUGUCUGAGCUGCAGUCCUGGUUAAGCCACACACAUGCCACCCUGGACACGCAGAGACCCGUCAGCUCUGAUCCUAAAGCCAUUGAGAUCGAGCUGGCCAAACACCAUGUGUUGCGCAACGAUGUCCUGUCCCAUCGAGCCACAGUGGAGACGGUGAACAGUGCAGGCUCUGAGUUGCUGGAGUCCAGUCCUGGAGACGAAGCUAGCCACCUGAGAGACCAGCUGGACGAGCUGAACCGCAGCUGGGACAGCUUACUACUGAAGACAGAUGAGAGACAAAACCUAUUAGAGACUGCUCUGCAGCAGGCGGAGGGUUUCCAUGGUGAGCUGGAGGAGUUCCUGCAGUGGCUGAGGCGCACAGAGAGUCAGCUAUCAGCAGCCAAACCCACAGGUGGCCUUCCAGAGACAGCCAGGGAGCAGCUGCAGCAGCACAUGGAGCUGCAGGCUCAGUUGACACAGCGUGGCGAACAGUACCACCGAUUGCUAGAUCAGGGAGACUCCAUGCUCUUGGCCAGAGGGGGUGAGGAUUCCAGUCCUGGAACCACUCAAACCCAGCAGAACCUGGCCCUACUCCAAAACAAGUGGAGCAGUCUAAAUGCCAAGAUAGACGACAGGAGGGCUAAGCUGGAGGAGGCUGUAUCACUGGCUACAGGCUUCCAGUCAUCACUGCAGGACACCAUCAACUGGCUGACACAGGCAGAGCAGACCCUGAACAUGGCCCAGCCACCUAGCCUCAUCCUUGACACUGUCCUAUUCCAGAUAGAUGAACACAAGGUGUUUGUGAAUGAGGUGAACAUACACAGGGAACAGGUGCUGGCUUUGGAAAAGGCUGGUUCUCAGCUGCGCUUUGCCAGCCUCAAACAGGAUGUGGUGCUUAUCAAGAACCUGCUAUUAAGUGUGCAAGCUCGAUGGGACAAGUUGGUGCAGAGGUCUCUGGACAGGGGACGACACCUAGAUGAGGCCCGCAAAAGAGCCAAACAGUUUCAUGAGGCCUGGAGGAAGCUGACAGACUGGCUAGAAGAGGCUGACCAAAGGCUUGACUCUGAGUUGGAGAUCUCCAAUGAGCCGGAUAAAAUCAAAGCGCAGCUCACGAAACAUAAGGAGUUUCAGAAGUCUCUAGGUUCCAAGCAGCCAGUAUAUGACACCACAGUGCGCUCUGGGAAGGCCAUGAGAGACAAAGCUACACUACCACCUGACACCCAGAAACUCGACAACCUCCUCGGGGAGGUCAGAGACAAGUGGGACACUGUGUGUGGAAAGAGUGUUGAAAGGCAGCACAAGUUGGAGGAGGCCCUGCUGUUCUCAGGUCAGUUUGCAGAGGCUCUGCAGGCCCUUGUGGACUGGUUGUACCGUGUUGAGCCACAGUUAGCUGAAGACCAGCCCGUCCACGGAGACUUGGACCUCGUCUCUAAUCUCAUGGAUUCCCAUAAGGCUUUUCAAAAGGAGCUUGGGAAAAGGACAGGUAACAUUCAGGCACUGAAGCGUUCUGCUCGGGAGCUCAUGGAGACGGGCCGGGAUGAUACCGCCUGGGUCAAAGUUCAGCUGCAGGAGCUCAGCAACCGCUGGGAUACUGUCUGUGCGCUUUCUGUUUCCAAACAGACUCGACUCCAGCAGGCUCUCAAACAGGCCGAGGAGUUUCGCACGGCAGUGCAGAUGUUACUGGAGUGGCUCUCGGAGGCGGAGCAAACCCUGCGUUUCCGAGGCAUCCUACCAGAGGAGGUGGAGACUUUGCAGGCCUUGUUGCACACGCACCGUGACUUCAUGCAGACAGUGGAAGAGAAGAGAGUGGACGUGAACAAAGCAGCCGGCAUGGGCGAGGCCAUACUGGCAGUGUGCCAUCCCGACUGUAUCACAACCAUCAAACACUGGAUCACCAUCAUCAGGGCUCGCUUUGAGGAGGUUUUAACAUGGGCGAAGCAGCAUGAGCAGCGUCUAGAGGCAGCACUCGCAGAACUUCUCAACAAUGCAGCUCUGUUGGAAGACCUGUUGUCAUGGCUGCAGUUUGCAGAGACUACAUUAGUGCAACGUGACACUGAGCCACUUCCCCAGGAUAUCACUCAGCUUAAAACACUGAUCACAGAGCACCAGGUUUUCAUGGAGGAGAUGACUCGUAAACAGCCUGAUGUAGAUAAAGUUACAAAAACGUACAAAAGAAAACCAUCAGAAACUUCUAGCAGUUUUGCUGAGAGACGCGGUGUCCGUAAGCAGCAGCCGCAGCAGCAGCCUGCCAUGCAGGUAACUGGAGGAAACCCUCGUCUUAACCAGCUCUGCUCACGAUGGCAGCAGGUUUGGCUACUGGCUCUGGACCGUCAACGCAAGCUCAAUGAUGCCCUCGACAGGCUGGAAGAGCUGAAAGAAUUUGCCAACUUCGAUUUUGAUGUGUGGAGGAAGAAGUACAUGCGCUGGAUGAAUCAUAAGAAGUCUCGCGUGAUGGACUUUUUCAGGCGUAUUGACAAGGACCAAGAUGGCAAAAUCACUCGGCAAGAAUUCAUUGAUGGCAUCCUGGCUUCAAAAUUCCCCACCAGCAAGCUAGAGAUGACCGCAGUGGCUGAUAUUUUCGACCGUGAUGGUGACGGAUACAUCGAUUACUACGAGUUUGUGGCAGCUUUGCACCCUAAUAAGGACGCCUAUAGACCCACUACAGAUGCUGACAAGAUUGAAGAUGAGGUCACCAGACAAGUGGCCCAGUGCAAGUGUGCUAAGAGGUUCCAGGUUGAACAGAUUGGAGAGAACAAGUACAGGUUCUUCCUUGGGAACCAGUUUGGCGACUCUCAGCAGCUGCGUCUGGUGCGGAUCUUGCGCAGCACAGUCAUGGUUCGGGUGGGAGGAGGCUGGAUGGCGCUGGACGAGUUUCUGGUCAAAAACGACCCUUGCAGAGUGCAACAUCCUGGACUUAAAAUCCUUCGCUCCGACUCCAGCUGCUCCAUAUCAUCUCGUAUAGUGGCCGUCACUCCUGGCUAUUUCUGCUGCAGAGCCCGUGGACGUACCAACCUGGAGCUGCGGGAGAAGUUCAUUCUUCCCGAAGGAGCCUCGCAAGGUAUGGCAGCUUUCCGCUCCCGUGGCCGACGCUCCAAGCCUUCGUCACGCACCGCCUCUCCAACACGCUCUUCUUCCUCAGCCUCGCAGAGUGCGCACAGCUGUGCCUCCGUGCCCUCUGCCCCUGCCACGCCCACUGCCACCUCAAGGUCCACCCAAUGUCAAUCGCGGGGCUAUGCCAAGCCCUGGCUGGCACACAGUAAAACUCCAACUUCAACCAAGUGCCAGUCCUGCCCAGAGCACAGCCACACCCCUGGGCAUGAGGGAGGCUCCGCAACCAAGCUUAAAAGGCCACCUUUUCAUUCCAGCCGUGGAUCUCUGACAGGUGAAAAUGGUGGAACUGCAACUGCUGCUAAACCUGCACGCUCUGACAACAAGCGCACUCCAUCUACAGCCAGCGGACCCGCUAGCCGUGCAGGCAGCCGUGCCGGAAGCAGAGCCAGCAGCCGCAGGGGCAGCGACGCCUCCGAUGCUUCUGAGCUUAUGGAGACGCGCUCCGCCUGCUCUGACACUUCAGACACGCCGCGCCGCCCGGGCGCCAAACCCUCCAAAAUCCCUACCAUCUCCAAGAAAAGCCCGAGUCCCAAAACACAGACGACGAAGAAGUAGCAGGUUUUCACCAGAAACAGGUGGAGACUGGGGGAAAGGUGCACUGUCCUUAACGUGGCACCAUUUACUUCCAUAGUGCAUGCCAGUCAACCUACCUGAGCACCAGCACAGGCAUGUGGGCUUAAUGAGAAUCAACAACCAGAACAUCUCCAAAGGCUCCAGCUGUACUGACAACACCUGGACAGUGUUGACCCCAGAGCUGCCCCUUACAACAAACAUAACAGUGCUGCCUUAUUUGUGUUAUAAUGUAAAUGACUUUGUUUCUUGAAAACGUGACUGAACUGGAAAGCAACUAACACGUACGCACAUGGACACGUCGAGUGGCACGACCCACUCGAUCUGAGAUUUUAUCUCAGCCACAUCAAUAUGCAAUGGCGAGCCACUCUUUAGCGCUGAGACUGGGGGGGAUGGUACAGCCACAAUUCUAAUACUGACUCUCAUAGGCAUAACAUUUCUUUAGGAUUUCUGUGGGGGAAAAAAAAGAAAACAAACAGUGGUGAAUUUUCUGACCUUUUCUCCACUGAAUGUAAAGCUCCAUGUUGUUUAGCAGGAUUUCAUUUUAAAAUGACUCGAGAACCUCACUAAGUAUUCUGCACCUAGACCAUGUGGUGAGUGGUUUGUGUGCAAAUUUCUUUCAUGGUGGACGAACUGAACAACUAUUCAAGGAAGCGGUGAGCAAUUCAUCAGCCCAUCCUCGCUAGUGAGUCACGAUCUUGGUCAUGCGUCAAGCGUCCACUAACGGCAUUUGACGUCCGUAGAAAGUCCUAAAUCCGGAGAGUACUGAAGUACAGCAGAAAUUCACACAUGCACUGACAUUUUCUUUUCUUGCAAGCCUGACGCUAAUACGAACAGGCUUUACUCUCUCACCUGUGUGUUUUAACCAUGAUUAGUUACACAUAUCAUGUUACAGAUAUUUUUUAGUUGCUUUACUUUGAGAAAAGUCUUUCAAGAACUUGUGAAUGUUUCAUGGUUAAUUUAUAAUCCUGAUGUGUUUCGUUUUGCUUGUUUCUUUUCUAGUGUAAUAAAAAAAAGGUGUAUUUAUUUACAGUAUAAUAUCGCAUCAUGGGAAACGCUAGUAUUACAUUUCAUUUGAUAACUUUGAUUUUGUGUUGUUUGUGUUUCUGCCUUUGUUUGAAUGAUUUCUCAUUACUGGUCAUUACUGAUAUAAUGGACCACGAAGUUGACUGAUUUCAAAGGUGGCCUUUUUGUCAGUGAUUACAGCUUCCAGAUCAUGUAAAAAAUAAAAAUAAUAAAGAAUUUGCUUCCCACUUUGUUGUUGGAAGCGCGUUAUAGCAAGUCGGAUCACGGGGAUUUGACCACAUACCCCAUGAAACGGCUGCUUUACAUAGUCUUGUCUCGGACAAGCUGAAGCAUAUGAAUAUCUAAUGAAAGUGAAAUCGGAAGGUAAUUUUUAUUUAUUUAUUGUGUGUAAGGGACGGGAGGGAGGGGGGAAGGGCUAUGAAACGGAUUCAUGACUUGAGUCUGUGCAACUCUCUCAGUCUCAGUAUGAUGGAGAGAUAAAAGAGCAGGGUGCGAUUGUGUACAAGUGAAAUGUUAAGAUUAUUAAUUCCUUUUUUUGUUCCCUUUUGUAUUAAAAUUAUGCUUGCAGUAAAGCACAUUUGUUCUUGUUUAUUAAAAAUGUGUGUUAAGUUGGA